AAAUAAGUCGAACGAGCAAAAAUAGACCAAUCAUUAGCCAGUAUUUUUGUUUGGCUGGCGAUUUCCUCACGGUUGCCUGGCAACUUGAAAUCAUUUGCUUCCAUUUAGAAUAGUAGAACAAUAGUAUCCUAAAUGUGCAAAUCCAUACAAACAUUGCAGAGUGUAGCCGCGUGGUGAUUUCAUUUUUCUUCAUUUUCAAAUAAUUAUCAAAUAAUUAAUGAUUCAUAUGAAAAAUAAUUCUAACUGAUAUAGUCAUCUACGGGCACAUUGUGUGGGCUUUUCCUAACAUCAUCAGAAGCAAUAAUCUGAAUAAAUUUGGACUGAAAAGUGAUUAUGCCGUGGCCAGUGAGUCAUUGAGUCAAAACAUUCAGGUGUUAAAUAUCUAAAAUUGAAAUGGAUGAAGACGUCAUCGCAAGCCCAGAGGUGCUGCUGCGGAUGGCUCAGGGCGGGUCCCGCAGCCUGCCAGAGUCGGGAGAGAAGUGGAGCGAGACGCCCCCACCAGAGGACGGCUGGCUGGCUGCCGAGCAGGAGCGGGCCAGAACAGAGGAGCUCUUCAGCCUGCUGGCCGAGCCGCUGGUCGUCAAACGGUCAGAGCUGGUGACGGCCGCCUGGCUCCGGGAUGAGGACAGAGCAGAGCUGAGCGCUGUCCCGGGGAAGUUCUGGCAGUACAUGGGCUACGAGGAGCAGCGACGCAAAUUCCUCCGCUGGGAGGAGGCCGUGAUGCUCUGUGAAAUGGGAGUGAUCCAGAUGACCUCUGACGGCCAGCCGUGCAGUCUACAGGAGGUUCGCGCUCGCGUCCUCUCCUCAGACCCCGACAGAGAGCGGCAGUACCGUCUGUAUGCGCACCUGACCCGUCUUGGGUACCGGCCAGUGCGACACGGCUCCAGCACGCGGCAAAACCGAGCCACCGAUUACGAACGUAAAAUCCGGCUCGAUCAGUAUACCGCCAAUCGCAGCUCGAAGCGCCAUCAGCGUGGCAGCUCGAGCGGAGCGGUCACCCCGGAGCCGAAGCAGCCGAGAGCUGAUGCAGAGAGCAGUGACCCGCCCUCAGCGGCCACGGCUCCGGAGAACAGGCUGGACAGUGUAAUGGUGGAUGGAAUGGACCUUACUGGCGGGGACCACACAGGAGCAACUGCCAUGGAAAUCGGCGAUAGUCCGGCAGCGGUGGUCACCCCCGAGCAUCAGCAGAGAGCUCCUCCCUCACCGACAAGGGAAAAUAGUACUCUAUUGGCGCUCAAGAGACUCGACUUCAGCGCUGAACGCUGUCUGUUCCCCCACGUACCGAUCUUCGCAGACUCUUAUAUGCUGCGAGCGCCGCCGGCGGAGCUGCUGCCGCCUGGUGUGCAGCCGCGGAACCACUGGUACACCUUUGACCUGGCUGCAGCGCGGCGCGGCCGUCUGUUAGAGCUUUCCAAGAAGAACAGACCAGGGGACCGGUAUCCAAGCUGUCUGCCGGUGAUCGGCACGCCCGUCCGCAACUGGGCAGAGUUCAAACAAAAGGCCGCGGAACUGGCGGCAUCGCCAAAAACACCAGCGUCCGCGGAGGAACCCUCCGAGUCGCUGGUGCCUCCCGGCUGGAGGGGCUCCCCGGCCGAGCUGUUGGCCCGGCUGCAGCUGGCCCCGCCUCCCCCACCCCCGGCUCCGGGCCCGGAGCCCGUCUAUGACGUGUAUCCGUCGGACGCUCCGUUCCGGAAGUCGGCGCCCCCGCUCCCGGAAUUUCGGGUGUUCAUCGUCAGGCCGGAAGACCGAGUGGCCGAGAUAUCUGCCGUGCCGACGGACAGAGUGCCCCUGUGUGCGGCCGUUCUGGCCGACGUGGGUCCGCCGGCGCUCUAUACGGUGGUGACGGGUCGGCUGCCCGUGGACUCGUCUGUACUGGACCAGUCGCUCUGAAACCGCGCUGGACAGGUAACACACGGUGCUUACCGACCAGAUAAAACACUGGUUGCCGGUCAGAUGACACAUGAUGCUUACCGGCCACGUAGCACACGGUUCUUACCGGAGUUAUUCUGAUACUGCUGUGUCCGACGUGGCAGAUCUCUUGUCCAGCUGAUAGCAGUAAUGCAGCUUGUAUGGCGCUGGUUUCCUCAGAUGGUGUGAUCAGCUGUGGAAAUGGUUUUCUGGGAGAUACGCUGGAUUGUUUUUCUCGUUAUUUGCGCCUUUUUGUUAUUUUGGAAUCACCGGGUGGAUUCGUGAAGAAUAGGAGAUAAGGAAGCAUUUGACUUCGGUUAGUUUGGUGGUACUUUGGUUUGGGCACACCUUUUUGGGCUCAUGACGGCUGAGAAUUGCAUCACGAUGGUGCAGCCAAUUGCCUAGUAGAAACGCCGACAGGGGAAUCGCAUUCAGUGACACAACAUCUGACAUCUUGCACCGCACCACGUCCCUGUUUUCGACUUGUUUGGCUGUGAUGUAUUUUUUUUAUAUAAAAGCGCACGGAAUAGCAAGAGCGAGCAGCGCCAAUCAUCUUCGUUGCUAAAUAUUGGUUAGUACUUGAACUUGAUUCACAUAGUGCCAGUCACAUUGUGAUACUCUGUGAUAAUUAGUGGGUGUUCAGGGAGAUUCAAAGGUCUAGUGCGUGGUUGAUCGAAGCAUCGAUUCUACCUACUUGCAAAAUACAGGGUUUGUACAUUUAA